GGUCAAAAUGUAUUUGGACUUGAUAUAAUUGAGACGCCGGAGGGGGACAAGUGGCCCCAGUUGAUAGUACAGCAGGUCCUUGACAGGGAGCAGAAGGAUACCUAUGUGAUGAAAAUUAAAGUGGAAGAUGGCGGCAACCCUCCACGAUCCAGCACUGCUAUUCUCCAAGUAACAGUCACUGAUGUGAAUGACAACCGCCCAGUGUUCAAGGAGAAUGAUAUUGAAGUCAGUGUUCCUGAAAGUGCCCCUGUAGGCACCUCUGUCUCUCAGCUUCAUGCUACUGAUGCCGAUCUGGGCUCAAAUGCCCAGAUCCACUUCUAUUUUAGCAGCCAAAUCACCACCUUGGCCAAAAGGCUGUUUGCCAUUGAUAACACCACAGGUCUCAUCACCAUCAAGGAACCACUGGACCGGGAGGAAUCUCCAGUACACAAGUUAACAGUCUUAGCAAGCGAUGGCAGUUCAACACCUUCAAGAGCAACAGUGACAGUGAAUGUCACAGACAUUAAUGAUAACAUCCCAUCAAUAGACACAAGGUACAUUAUCAACCCGGUGAAUGGGACUGUGCUUUUGUCAGAGAAAGCACCACUCAAUACUAAAAUUGCCCUGAUUACUGUAAUGGAUAAGGAUUCUGAGCUUAACGGCAAAGUUACCUGCUACACUGACCACGAUGUGCCAUUCAGGUUAAAGCCUGUGUUUGAUAAUCAGUUUCUGCUGGAGACAGCCACAUUCCUCGACUACGAGGCCACCCGGGAAUAUGCCAUUAAAAUAGUGGCUUCUGAUUCGGGGAAACCACCUUUGAACCAGUCUGCAAUGUUGCUCAUCAAAAUCAAGGAUGAGAAUGACAAUGCACCAGUGUUCACGCAACCUGUCAUUGGACUGUCUAUCCCUGAGAAUAAUGCUCCUGGCACCCAGCUGACCAAGAUUAGUGCUACAGAUGCAGAUAGUGGGCGCAAUGCUGAAAUCAGCUACAUGCUGGGCUUGGACGCACCACCCAUCUUCAACCUGGACCGCCGUACAGGCAUUCUGACAGCAGUGAGAAAGCUGGACAGGGAAAAACAGGACAGAUACUCAUUCACUGUGCUGGCGAAAGAUAAUGGGAUGCCACCCUUACAGACCAAUGCUACUGUGACAGUUUCAGUCUUGGACCAGAACGACAACAGCCCUGCCUUCACCCAUAACGAGUAUAAUUUCUAUGUACCAGAAAACCUACCCAUGUAUGGCACUGUUGGGCUGAUCACUGUGACAGAUGCAGACUCUGGAGAGAACGCAGCCGUGACCUUGUCUAUAUUGAAUGGCAAAGAUAAUUUCAUUAUUGAUCCCCUCACCGGAGUCAUACGGCCUAAUAUUACCUUUGACAGGGAGCAGCAAGGUUCUUAUACCUUUCAGGUGAAGGCUGUGGAUGGAGGGAGGCUGCAACGCUCAUCAACUGCCAAGGUGACCAUCAAUGUGGUUGAUGUGAAUGACAACAGGCCUGUUUUUGUCAUGCCUUCAUCUAACUACUCGUAUGACUUGGUUCCAAUAACCACCAGCCCGGGCUCUGUAGUCACAAAGGUGUUUGCCAUUGACAAUGAUACAGGGAUGAAUGCAGAGCUUCGCUAUAGCAUUAUUGGUGGGAAUUCACGGGGAUUGUUUAUGAUUGACCAGUUAACAGGCAAUGUUACUUUGAAAGAGAAGGUCAUAUCGGCAGAUCAUGGGUUGCACAGGCUGGUUAUCAAAGUCAAUGAUUUAGGACAGCCUGAGUCACUAUAUACUAUAGCACUGGUGCAUUUAUUUGUGAAUGAAACUGUCACCAAUGGAUCCUAUGUCCAAGAGUUAGUGCGCCGAAACAUGGAAACUCCAGUUGGCCAAAACGUUGGGGAUGGUGAGAUAACUCCACAGACGAACGACUAUGUCAAGAUCAUAAUUGCUAUCAUAGCAGGUACCAUGACAGUAAUACUGGUCAUCUUUGUGACUGCCCUGGUGCGAUGCCGUCAAACACCCAGGCACAAGGUUGUCCAGAAAAGCAAGCAGAGUGGUGAGUGGGUUUCUCCAAACCAAGAAAACCGUCAGAUCAAGAAGAAGAAGAAGAAGAAGAAGCGCUCUCCCAAAAGCCUUCUUCUCAACUUUGUGACCAUCGAAGAAUCUAAGCCUGAUGAUCCUGGCCAUGAACAUAUCAAUGGCACUCUGGACAUUCCCGUGGAGCUGGAAGAACAGACUAUGGGAAAAUAUAACUGGGCCACCACACCAACAACCUUUAAGCCUGACAGCCCAGAUUUAGCAAAGCACUACAAGUCUGCCUCGCCACAGCCCACUUUCCAAAUAAAACCUGAGACUCCAGUGCCACCGAAGAAGCACCAUGUCAUUCAGGAACUGCCUCUGGAUAACACCUUCGUGGUGGGCUGCGAUUCACUCUCUAAGUGCUCCUCCAGCAGCUCAGACCCUUACAGUGUCUCUGAAUGCAGCUGUCAAGGAGGUUUCAAGACUCCAGGCUCCAUCCACAACAGACAGGUAAUGCCAAGUUGCUCACUUGCACCUUUCUCUCUGCUUCUCUCCUUUCCUUUUGCUUUAUCUUUUUCUUCCUUUUUAUUUCGCUGUGCCUUUUAAAUCUUUAUAUAUAAAUAUAUAAACCUUAAGCAUUCAUGCUUGGCUGAAGCACUGAGAAGUAAACAGUUUGUGAUCCAUCAAUACUAAAUGGAAGAAAAUGAGAAUGAAGUGACUCUUGGCUAUCAGGAAAUUUUGAUUGCUGAAUGAGCAUAUUUAGAAGGUAAUUCCCGUCUGCAGAUGGCAGUGUGGCACUUCUUGCUUUGCAUAGAGGAUAGCAGUAGCUUAGAUUUGCAGAACAAAAGAGAGGUUACGGGCCUGUCCUCGCUAGCCUCGUUUGCUUGGGAAUCUAAGCAAUCUAGGCCAGGUGGAAAGCAAUAAAGCUUUGCAGGAUCUGAUAAGUGGUUCUUAAUGUUAAUGGAGUCUGGAAUUGCAGACUUCUUUGGUUGGAGCCCUACCUCAAGGUCUCUCAGCAAAAAAAGAAGAAGAAAGCAGGCUGCCCCCCUCAACUCCCCUUAAUGGACUGAGUGCCUUUUUCCAGGCUAGGAAUAUAUACUGCAGUCUUGGUUCCUAAAAGCUGGGCACCUGACACAACUGACAGCAUGAAACAGCCCUGAAGUUAAAGGGGGAGGAAAAGAUAAUAUCAGAGACAUUACAAAUGCUGCCCAGCUUUUACAGACACUACACUGUAAAUUUAGUCUCCCAUGUCACUGGUUAAAGCGCAGUCCAGGCUUAUGUGUUAGAAGGGGUUGGGCAGAGUGCAGCUACACAGUGUUUAGCUUUUUAAGUUGAUAAAGAGAAUGCAUGAGAAGCACACCUCUAAAUGGUGAUUCUAAAAAGCUGCAUUGUUUCCAUUAAAAGUAAUAAUAAUUUAAAACUUCAGUAUUAGCAGUAAUACUAGCAGCAUACGCUGGGAUGGACUUUGGUCUUUGGAAUUUCAGCACGCUCCCCCGCCUCUCACCUUCUGUUCUGCUCAAUCCACUACAUCGUACUUGCAAUGCCCUGCAGCGCAUUGCCCAGUGCAACGUUGCCCUAAAUCUACCUCUGGAUAUGCUUACUGUUGCAGUGAGUGCUUGUCUGGCUUUCAAGGAGCUGAUCAAACAAAACAACUCCCUUAAAAAAGAAGUGUUGCAGCAGCAAAGGUGUGCUGCCCAUUUCCCUCCAUUGACCAUUACUUCGGUUGUGUUGUAAUGACUUGUCUCAGUUGAGAAUGGGGUCUUUGAAUUUCAUUUGCUUCUUCUUGGGCAAUUGACAAGGGGGAAGGAACUUAAAACACCCGCCUCCCUAAAACUUUUCUACACCUUUUUAUGGGUGUUGAUUGAAGGAAGGCCUCAUCUUUUUCUCAUGCCUAAAACACAGCUUCAGCAGUAGUUACAAUUUCUGUGAUAUAAGACACAGAGAGAUGCUUAGUGAACUGUUAUUUUAAGUCAAAUUUCUUUUUUUUUAAAAAUGCUCAGUGUCUGUGAAUGGAAAUAUUUUUGAGUGCUGUCCUGCUGACUCAGGUUGGUUAUAUUUAAUCACUAAAGGAAACUUUGGGCUUAUUCAAAUCAGAGUGAGAUUCAAUCACGGCUCAGAAAAUAUAUGAAGGGAAUGUGAAUAUUGGACGGUUUCCAAACAGAACAAGUGGCACAUGCAAUGAAAUGAUGUGGAAUGUAGGAAGCUGCCUUAUGCAGAGUCAGACCAGUGGUCUAUCUAGGUCAGUAUAAUCCACAGGAUUUCAGGCAGGGAAGACUUCAGCCCUACCUGGACAUACUGGGGAUUAGACCUGGGUGUAUCUUCAUGCAAAUCAGAUGCUCUACCAUCUAGCUAUGGACCUUCUGCAAACUUCUCCUGGUCCCAAGAGGAGUUAUGUUGUUUUAGGCACUAGGCAUUCUGGAACAAGAGCCCAGUAGUGAUGUUCAGACCUCACCUGGGUUGGUGCAGGGCUCAGGAAGGAGAAAGGAUUGACUUCUCACACCAUCUGUCCUGAGGUUUCUCCAAGCUAUGCUGAAUGACCAGAGAGUUAAUCAUAGGAAAGUCCUAUUGCCUGUGACCAUAGAGAGUUGCUGCUUCCCCAGCUGGGUGCCCUAUGAGUGCUAUUGCUCCAGCACCCAUAAUUCCUAAUUCUUGGCCAUGCUGGCUGGGGCUGGUGGAAGAUGGAGCACAAAACGUCUGGAUGUAACCAGGUUGGAAGAAGGUGCUUUAAAUGAUUGAACGUAGAGAUUAUUUCCAUUUCCUCUUCCUCUAUCCCUUCCACUCCCUAAGCUAUUAAAAGUAAACUUGACAUUCUACUUUUAAGGCAUUACUAACAAUUGCAACCAUUGUAUGACAAAUGUGGGAAACAGAAACAAAGGUUAUAUUUAGCCCUGGAAUCAUUUCCCUUAAUCCAGAUACUAUAGAUUAAAGGCCUGGGUGCAGCAAGGCUGCUAUUGGGUGGGGGCUAACCAGGGAGGAGGGAAGAAGAAGAAGAAGAAGCCAUCACUUUGGAAUAAAAUAGGCUACAAUUACAGAUGUAAGCAGGUUUUGGAGUAGGCAUUGGUGUGUAUCUGGAAUCACCCAGCAUAACUGCUGUUUGAUUCUUAGAGUUAAUCUCAGUUUAAGGAUCACCCUGUGACAUACAUCAAAGCAGGGUGUCUUCUGAGAUCACCAUUUGGGGAGAGUAUCCUGGGAUAUCAACCGCUGUUUGGGCAUCAGGAUCAAAGCACCUCCCUUUGGCCUUUUAAUGAAGUACCCACAUCCAAUGGAGCGUGAGGUGAGAGUCCUGCUCACCUCCCAGCCCCACACACCUUGACUAGGGAUACAACCAAAUGCCUUACCCACCCAUGUUGUGACAAUUGCUACGAAGAAGGCAAAAUCUCUCAACUGGUCCAAUUUGCCUGGAGGACAAAUUCCUCCCUGGCCCCAAAUAUGGUGAUCCAAUGCUUCCAUAGCAAGGUCCUAAUUGCCUUCUGCUCACUAAUGCUCAAACAUAACCAUGGCAAGACAUGAAGGGAGGGAGGGUGGGGAAGUUAACCACCAACUAGACCCAGGGCAGGAGGUGCAUUCUGGCUUUACUCAGGUUCACUCUGAACCGUUGCCUCUCUUUGGCCUCCUGUGAUUGCCUGGAUAGAAGACUGGAAGCCUGUGUGACCGUUGGGGAAGAAAUGUUGUCUCCCACUCAACUGCACAGGAAACCAGCAGUCACCCCCCUGCCCCUAGUGCAACCGUGGUCCAUAGGAGGCUGCAAUCAUUGCACACCGGGGGUAAGCGGUCCUUAGUCGGAUCCAACUCAACCAUUCAGACUGAACAUAGUAGCUGUAUAGAAAAGGGAUCCACUGUAUUUUGAGCUGUAAUGAAUACAGGGCUGAAGAGAAAACUAUACUUUCUUUCUUACUUCCCUGCCUACUCAUCCAAAUGUGUGUUAACCUCCACUGGUUAUCAGUUUCAGGAUUAUUUUAUUAUGAGGACCUGCUCCCUGCUUGGGAGGGUUUUUUUAUCUGACCUGGGAGGGCAGGACCCAGACUUACUCCAGCUACAAAAAGCUGGAACAAACUCUUGGGUUGGGGCAGUGUCUAAGGGGACUCUGUUACUGGCUUUACUACCCCAACUGUUUAAAAUGUUUUACAUUUUUUCUAAAUGGCUUUUGAUCUGUGGGUUUUAAAUUUUGGGUUUGUUUUUGUUUUAAAAGGAUGCAGGAUGUGUCUAGGAAGAGAGGAGCAAGAGAAAGCUGGGGGGGGGGAAUCACAGUGGUCCAGAGCAGGAGGAGAUACUGGUAGAAGGUGGGGAAAGCUGUGUAAGGGACACAUGGCACAGGCAGUUGGUGCCUGCUGUGUGCCAGCCCCUCCUCCAACUUGUGGUUGUGCUAUCAGCCAGUCCUCCCUUCUACAGCUCCUUUUGCUGAAUUCCAGGGCUGAGGAAGACCUCUCUGAUCUGAUUGUGGACAAGGAGGCUGAUUCAGCCUGUAUAACUGAGACCUGGGUGAGUGAGCAUGCUAGAGGUGGCCUCACCUGGUUCUGCCCAGCUCGGUACUUGGUGCAGCAUCAGGGCAGUCUUGAGGGUCAGUGUCACAGGAGUGUGCCAGCAGUAAAUCACACCAUUCACAAUUGGUGUUAACUCUUUACUAGCAAAAACACAAUCUUAACAUACUUUGUCAAGUUUCAGGCUUAAUGAGCAGAGCAACUCAUCCCUGGUAGGUCUGGCCCCAUGAAUCAGUUACCAAGACUGAAAGUCCCCACCUCUUCAAGCCAUCUAAAGUCCCUGACACCCAGAGCCUUUUUCAAGCAAUUGGAGACUGCACCUGCAUACAACCAGCCUCUCAUCCAUGCCUCUUCUGGUUCUGGGAGACCAGAGGGGAGAGGGGCUUGUAACAGGAUGAGGGUGAUAUACCAAUGACUCUUUACCAACCAGACUCAUCUCUGUCUCUUCGCUUCCUUUCUCCCCUGCUUUGACUUCUGCCUCUGAUUCUUGACUGCUCUCUGCCACAGACUCUCCCAGCUCACUAAGCCCUGUUACCUCUUUAGCUUCUGACACCUCCUCAUCCCAGUCUUCUUCCUCUUUUCCCUUUGACCACUCAUCAUUGUCCCACCAUCACUCUCUAGACUCUGAGCCUUCUUCCUUGGUGGUUCCCCAGCUGGUUCCUCCCACCGUUCCUCUGUGGCCAACCAAUCCAUGACAGUUGGAGAGAGGGAGUUUCUUUGGUUUAUAGAGAUUCUCCCUCUCUCCAGGCUCUCUGUCCAGCUGUGGGACAGAGUUCCUGGCACUGGGCAACUGGGACAAAUUAGGGAUUCUGCUGAUUUGUCACUCACUCCGCUCCUCACCAGUCUCCCUGCAUGAGUUGACAGAGAUGGUCUCAGAGGCAGUACCUUGGUUGUUGAAUGCCCUGGAAAUCGGAUGUUUUGGCUCAUGAACGCCACAAACACAGAAGUGAUUGUUAUGGUUUGCAAACGUUCUUUUGGAACCUGAACAUCCGAUGAGGCUUCUGUGGCUUCUGAUUGGCUUCAGGGGCUUCCUGCAGCCAAUCAGAAGCCACAAUUUGGUUUUUGAAUGUUUUGGAAGUCGAACGGACUUUCAGAACGGAUUUCAUUCAACUUCCAAUAUACGACUGUAUUGAGGACUCAAAGACUGCUGGUUCUGGGGGACUUCAACAUCCACUGCCAACGUGACUGGUGUUGGCGUGUCUCAGGUCUUUGGGCUGCCAUGAUGACUAUGGGGUGUCCCAACAUGUCAGUGGCCCAAUGCAUAUGACAGGCCACACUAUGGAGCUUGUUUUCUCAGUUGCACAGGAAGCGUGUGAUUUGCAAAUAUUGACACCAGUCCCUUGUCAUGGUCAGAUCACUUCCUGUUGAGAUUUAGGCUUUCAGCACCUUUUCCCCUCUGCAAGGGCAGGGGACAUAUGAGGACAGUCUGUCCUUAGAGACUGAUGGAUCCAAUGGGUUUCCAAAUGUCUCUGGGGAAUUUCCUGCCUGAUAUGACUAACGCUCCUACCAAAGCCCUGGCUUAGCUCUGGAACAUCUGAAUGGCCCAGGUCAUUGACAUGAACACCCCGAUCACCCUCUCCCUUGGGGGGGGGGGAGCUUGUGUUAUACCCCAGAGCUUAGAACGAGGAAAUGAGCUGGGAGAUGGCUUGAAUGUGAGUGGAGGAAAGAUCUGGCGGAAUGCAAAUGAACAAUGAUGAGGGCUCUUCAUGGAGCCUACCUAAUGGCAGUGAAGGCAGCAUGGAAGGGAUACUUUGCUGCCUCCAUUGCAUCCUCACUCUGCCAUCUGGCAGAGCUGUUCCGGGUAGUGCAGCCUCAUUUACAUUCUGGCCUGAAGGAGGUGGUGGGAUCAAUGGUAGCUCCUCGCUGUGUUUGCAAAGCAUUUUGAAGACAAAAUUGCUUGCAUCCACUAGGCUCUUAAUUCUGUGGCUACAGCAGAUUACUCUCAAUGGGUGUCCAGAGCACUUUCUAGUCCUGUUGUGUUGGACAAAUUUCAGUUAGUAAGGCUCAAAAAUAUGGACAAGAUGCUUGGAUCAGUUGUGGAUAUGGACAAGGUGCUCUGGACCCUUGUCCCUCUUGACUGAUUAAAAAUAGUGUGGGGGGGCAGCUGGCUGGGUCAGGGAGACGAUUAAUGCAUCCUUGUGAGAGGGCAUUGUCUCUGCAUACUUGAAAGAUAAAAUCCCAAGAAACGCUGCCUUGAUUAAGAAAAUCUAAGUAACUACCAACAAGUUGCUAAUCUCCAUUUCAUGGACAUGGGCAAGGUUCUUGAACAGGCGAUUGCAGACCAGAUUCAGGCAUGUAACCUCAUCAAGAACAGACAGUCUCCCAGCCAUCCAUGCUAGGUAACCACCCACCAGCAGUGUCUCAGUCUUAUCUAGAUUGAGCUUUAGUUCUUUAGCUCUCAUCCAGUCCAUUACUGAGGCAGGGCAACCAAUAGCUGCUGCAGGUACUCAGAGAUAUACCAGUACACGUCUUCCAUCCUCCCUCAACCUGAGGAGUUUGGGGCAGCUUAAUGAUGAGUAAAUCUACCUUAUCCGGAGACUGGUGUGGCAUACCCUCCAAAUGUCCUGAUUUUCCAGGGACAGUGUCAGAAUUGUGAAAGCCAUUCCGGCACGUGUGCUGUGUCCCACUAGUGUGGUAGUGAUGGCGCUUACCCUUUUUCCAAUAGGAAAUGCUUUGUGGUGGGGGGGGGGCAAAAAAUGGAGGUCAAGGAGGUUCAGUUGGGGGGGUGAGAAGUGUCCCCAUUUUCAUCUGAGGAAUGUUGGAGGGUCUGAUGUUGUCCCAACACUAUAUAGGAUAGAUUGUCUGCAUCUAAGCUGAAUGCAGUUCUGAGCCUGGCCCUCCUCUGAAGUUGCCACUUACUAUUUCUUGCAUUAAAAUCCAAGCAAAUUAGUAAAAAGAGGAAGAAAAAUAUUUAAGGUUUAUUUAAGAGCGUUUGUGCCACACCCUUCCUACAUAACUACAGUACUCAGGGUGACUCAGUUCAAGCUGGAAAACAUUUUAAAGUCGAGAGUUCACUAGCUUUUUCUGUUCUGUACCUCUUAACAUAUGCGACCAGUAAGUGUGUGUGCCUUUGGUAUCAAUUCAUUUACGAUUUCAGGUAAAGCUGAAUUUGCACGUGCAGAACUUCACAUGCAGAACUGCUGCUUGAGUUCCCCAGUUUGGUUUUUUGGCAUUCCAUCAGGCUGUAUCCAUUCUUAUAUGGCAUGGGUUGCACUGAAAAUCAAGCCAGCCAAUUUUAUAUAUGCAAACUGGGUCCAAAAGUUAGCAUUUUUGCACUGAUGCACUUUGGAAAAUUUAACUAUGCUUGCUGUAGGAACAGGACCUUUGUGUGUUUGACUCCUUUGCCAUUACUCUGCAUUGAUUUUCUCCAGCCCUGCUUUCAUGCAUACUUUUGACCAUUCUUUACUAUUGCACUUUACAGUGAGAUCAUGAUGAUUUAGUCAGGAUAUUUUACGUUAAUUGCUCUGCUUUGUUUCAGUCUUCUUUCCUCCCAUAUUCCAUCUUUCUCAAUAUUAUUUUCCCACAAUAUUUUGAACAUAUGCUAUCUUGAUAUCAGCAAUCUAAACAAGUUCUUAAACAUGAUGACAAUACACGGUUGGUGGGUAGGAGGGAGGGACGUGGAUGUCGCCUGUUUUUAUUUACACAGACCUUCCUCAAUUUCAGAGAAUUCUAACAAAAUUUGGGGGGGUUAAAAUAUGUUGCAGUGAGUCCCUUGAGUGCAUGACAUUUUAUAAUUAUAUACAUUUACAAGGCCUGAAGCCUGCUGUACCACAUAUUUUGGCAUAAGAGUUGCAUUGUAUUAAGUAAUGUAUUUCCACUAAGGGCAUGUAUGUACUAUGAUCUUAUGUUGAUUUAAAGCCAUUUGCUAGUCAUGUCUUUCCCCAAAGAAUCCUGGGAAUUGUAGUUUGAUGAAUGUGUCAAGAGUCCUUUAAUGCAAUGCUUAGUUAGCACCCCUUCCCUACCCCUUCCACCUUCACAGAAUAUAUAACUAAAGUUUCCAGGGAAUGACCCCUUGCAGGCAUUGGCUAAUGUGUUGCUCCCUUGAUACUGAAAUGCAUCUUUCACCAUUCCUGACAGCUGCCCACACUGACUGGGGCCGAGGUCUGGAAUUCAGCAACAUCUAGAGAGCACCAUGCUGGCUACCUAGCAAAUCUAUCCUUUAUAUAGAUCCUGAUAUGUCUCUUAGUAGGGCAGCUUGGAGGGAUAGCUGUUAUAUCCAGAUAAACCCGAACAGCAAGCAUCCUGUAAAUCAGGGAGGGGAAAUCGGUUGUCAUCCUGAUAUUAUAGCAACGCAACUCCCAUAAUUCCUUACUAUUGACCACGCUGGGAGGGACUGAUAGGAAUUGGUGUCCAACCACAUCUGAGUGGGGGGCACAGGUUCCCCAAGCCUGCAUCUCCCAUAUGAAUGCUUUAAAUCUGAAUUGCCUAUCUAAAUCUAAAAAUAGUAAAAUCUCCCCAAGCCCCUCCCCAUCCCCAUGACAGUAUUAAGCUAGUUGAUAGCUGCCAAGCCAACUUUUAAGGUAGGGUUGGAGAUGUGAUGAUGAAGGCAGGGGCUUUUCUCAUGCUGUUUCUCUGUUUGCCAGCUCUGAACGUCUUCGCAUCAGCUGUUAAGUACUGAAGUCGUAUACACAAUGAUGUUAAGCCAGCAAACAUGGAAAUAUGGGAAUAGCACGAGAAAGCCCUUUGUCCUCUCUCCCUGAUUGCUGAAGAAUUUUAUCGUCUGAUCUCCAGAGGGGUUUUCGAAGUGGCGGUGAACUGUUCAAGCUGCCCUACUGAAAGGUAUUCAGGGCAAGAACGCUAAGACAGAAAAGGAAAGAAAAGAAAGACAAAGAGAGACUUGAGAACAUUGUGCUA